AUGGAUGAAAAGACAAUAAAAAGAUCAAUACUUUCGUCUUCUAAUGAUGAAAAAAUAAUAUACAAAUCGCGAAUAAAGAAAUUUCAGAAGAAUCAUAAAUUUUAUAUUAUUCUGUUGGUUUUCAUUGCCAUCUUACAAUUUAUUUCAAUAGCUUUCUUCACUCGCGGAUUCUUGCUGUCAAGGCAUGUUCUCGAUAACAUAUCCUCACGAAAUGAAACGAGUGACCUGCCUCCGAGAUUCAACAAGGCGGUAGUCCUGGUCAUUGACGCUUUGAGAUUUGAUUUUGCUAUUCCUGUUAACGAAUCGGACCCAGAUCAUAACCCGAACUAUCACAACAAUAUAUUGUCAUUGUAUGAUUCAUUUACGAACGAUAAGAACUCAUCUUCCCUAUUGUUAAAGUUUAUUGCGGACCCACCGACCACAACUUUGCAAAGACUAAAGGGUCUUACAACCGGCUCCUUACCAACUUUCAUAGAUGCCGGGUCCAAUUUUGAUGGAACAAUUAUUGAAGAAGAUAACUUGCUUAAACAGUUCUUCCUAGCCAACAAAACUGUCAAGUUUGCCGGAGAUGAUACAUGGACGGCACUCUUUUACCCAUUCCUUUCUAAUGAUAGUUUCCCUCUGGAAUCGCUCAACGUCUGGGAUUUGGACACUGUGGAUAAUGGUGUUAUGGAUUAUUUUCACGAUCAUUUACAGCAGGACAAAGAAUGGGAUGUAAUGAUUGGGCAUAUGCUAGGUAUCGACCAUGUAGGUCACAAGUAUGGCCCAGACCAUUUCACCAUGAGAGAGAAACAAAUUCAAGUAGAUAGAUUUAUCGAUUGGAUACUAAAUUCGAUCGACGAUGAUACUUUAUUAGUUAUUUUAGGUGACCAUGGGAUGGAUCAUACAGGUAAUCAUGGCGGCGACUCAAUUGAUGAGCUAGAAAGCACUUUGUUUCUUUAUUCCAAGAAGCCAGAAAUGUGGAGGCUUAAAGAUGCUUUCAAUUAUAAUACUAGUGAUUCGGGAUACAAUUACCGCUCAGUAAGACAAAUUGAUUUAGUGUCCAGUUUGUCUUUAUUGCUUGAUCAACCUAUCCCAUUUAAUAAUCUUGGAUGGCCCAUUGACGAAAUAGCAAGAGACGAUAGAGAAUUGUCUCAAUUCGUUGAUUUAGUGGUAAGCCAAUUACAACUAUAUAAGGCUACAAUGCAGAUUCACCACAGUAAUGACGAAAUAUUGGUCCCGUUAGCAAAAAAUAUAUCCGACACUCCUCCAACAAGUAAUCCCGAAAAAUUUGUUGAACUAGGUCAUAAGUACCAGGAGGUCUUCUUACAAACCUGCGAGGAACUAUGGGCCAAAUUCGAUUAUUAUUCUAUCGUCACCGGUAUAUUCUUACUGACAGCCUCACUAGUCCUGUUAAUAUCCAUUACAAAAUUAAUUCCUUCCAUUGUCGUAAACCAAAUGGUUCCAGAAUUUGUCCCAGGAAUAAUCAUUAUGGUCUUGGUUACAAAUUUGUGUUUCCAUGGAAUUUUCUACGUUUACCAGCAACCAAGUUUUGUAGAUCAAUUCUGGGGCACUCUGUUAGCCACUGCGAUUGGUAUCAUUAUUGGUUGCUACAUCACAAUAUUUGAUAGAUACAACUUUAUUUGGAUUGCUAUGAGACUUGGUGAGACGUUAGCUGAUUAUUGGUCUAGGAUUGCUGUUAUGUUUAUGAUUAUCCAUGCUCUACUUUUCACAUCUAAUUCAUUUACUAUUUGGGAAGAUAGAAUUGUUGCUUUCCUUUUAUCUACUUUCGGGAUGUUAACAUUAUAUGAAUUUGUCUUCUUACCAAAAAGACAAUCCACCACCGCAUUAUUAACUGCAACAAUUAGUGAAAAGGAAGGAACCACCUCAGGUGUGAAUUCUUCAACGGCGAAUUCGAAUUACUUACCAUUAACAAGAUUUGCGAGAUUAUUGGGUGGUUACCAUUCUGCAGUUUUGAUCAUUUUUACCAGGUUAGCUUCAAUGAUAACCAUUUGUAGAGAGGAACAGGGCGACUACUGUGUUCCAACGUUCAACAAUCAAAAUAAUUCUGCGUGGUGGGUUUUGGGUCUCUGUUUCCUGAUGAUUUUCAUAUUACCUGCAUGUAUCACCGGUUAUUACAAUUUAACAUCUUCAUAUCAAGCUGCAGCACCAAUUUGGAUAAACGUUUUCUUAAAGGGUAUCCUUGGUUUGAAUUUUGUUUAUUGGUCAUUGACUUCGUUAGAGAAUAAUAGUGCGGUAAUAGCAAUUCCUUUUCUUAAAGACGUCACUAUUUUCAAAUUUACCUUAGCUCGAAUCAUUUCUGGAUUCUCACUGAUUGCGUCCAAUGUUGGCUGGUUAAUGGGGCCACUUUGUAUCAAAUUGAAUGUUCACAAUACUGAUGUCAAGUCCCAUGAAGCGACUAUUUUGGGGUACACUAAUAUUUAUGGUUCUGAGUUUUUUCUUUUAGUCAUAAAUGUUCUAAUGAGUAUUCUGCUAUUCAAUAAACCUCUGGCUCAACUAUCGUAUUUCCUCAUGUGCAACCAACUCUUAUCGAUUUUAGAAAUCAUUGAUCUUUUGAAGUUAAAAGAGAAUAUAAUAGGCCCAAUUGCACUGGGACUCUUAUCUUAUCAGCAUUUUUUCACCACCGGUCACCAGGCCACAAUUCCAUCAGUCCAAUGGGAUAUUGGGUUUAUGCUUUCCGAAAAAAUAACCUUCCCUUUUACUCAGAUAGCCAUCAUCCUAAACACAUUUGGGCCCCAUAUCCUAGUCUCCUUAUCCGUAGCAUUACUGACACUAUGGUCACAGCCUCCAGAUGUCUUGAAGCCACAAACACUUUUGGGAAGAAUCGUUUCAAACUGUGGUGUACUACUCACUUACAAUACAAUUUUAUGUCUAAGUUCUUUUAUUUGGGUCACCCAUUUCCGUAGGCAUUUGAUGGUUUGGAAAAUUUUUUGCCCAAGAUUUAUCUUUGCUGCUUUGAGUUUAAUAGUCACCCAACUGGUGGUUACUUUUGGUACCAUUGCAUUUGCCAGUGGGAGAUUGAUCAAGCAUAUAAAUGACAUCUUCUGGAAAUGA